AUGUCGAUCACAGCGUCCACGGAAAGGAUGGACACGUCGAAAGACUUGCCGAAGAAGAAGUUCGUCAACACCAAUCUUCUGUCGUUGAAACUUCUAUUGUUUCUCUUCUUCGGAGGGUUGGGAUGUCUCUUUCCGUUUCUCCCUCUACACAUGACGGAAAUGGGACUGAGCAUCGAACAGAUCCGAUUGAUCUCGAUGAUCUCGCCAGCAGUCGCGAUCUUGGGACCUCUGAUCGCUGCUCCAAUCGCUGACAAAUUAGCUGGUCAUCAGGGAAGAAACGACAAAUCUUCGACUGGUCGUUACCUAAGGGUGAUGAUCGCUAUUGCCUGCAUCCUGUCCGCUAUUUUCUACGCUUUUCUCAUAUUCAUUCCAACGGCGAAUCGUAUCGAACCACCUAGAGAGAGGAGACCCGGUUUGAAGUUCAAUUGCGAUAAAACAGGAGCAGUAGUUUUGCAAGAGAGAUGCAAGGAUCGUAUUACUUGUCACAGAUGGUCUGACGAGACCAGAGUUGGACCAUUGCUAUUAGAGGGUUGCAAUUAUGCCUGUUAUCCAGUAGGAUUGAAACGAUGGCAUUCUGAGAAUAAUGAUGCGCCCACCAUUUCUGGGACCACUGAUUCUGACUUUGGUGUUCUAGAUGGAAGUGGUGACACCACUGUGAUUCCUCUUGAGAGUGAAAUGUACGCUCAGGUGAACAUACAGGAUCAAGAGGAGACAAAGAAAUUGCGAAGGUUUGUCAUGCCAGACAGUGAACCUCCUCAUUUGUGCUUCAAAGAAGGUGACAAUGUCGUCUGUCAUGUUUACACUAAGUAUUCUGGCAACUUGGCCAUAAAUGCCACCUUAGGACAGGCUUUGAAUAAUGUAAGAGAUCAAGAUUGGUGUGCAUAUCCUCUGUCUGAGUAUUUUGCUUGUCGUAUACCUCCAGAACUGGAAACUGCGAUGGCAGAAGCAUAUCAGAGUUGUUCCAUUGAAUGUGACUUAGUUGAUCCUUAUACUCUUCCAGACAGUGUCUUCGUAGAGAGUCAGUGUCAGCAGACAAAAGAUUGGUCGCACUUGGUAUUCUGGACGUACUUGGCCAUUCGUUCAGCAGCUGACAUUUUCCCAACGACAGCCGUGGCUUUGAUCGAUGCCGCAGUUGUAAUAGCAACCAGAGAAACGUCCUGCGGGCGUGGAGACGUGGGUCGUCAAUUAGCCUUUGGUUCCCUUGGGUUUGCCAUCUUUGGCCCCUUAACCGGCUAUUUGUGUACUCUUAUAGAAAACUUGAACUCUUUUUACUAUCUACCAAUCGGUAUGCAUGCCGCGAUGAUGCUUCUGGCAGCCCUUGUCGCUCUCUGCGCCAACGGUAUGCCUCUCAGCCCGCCAGAAUGGUGGUGGCAUACUAGAAGCGGCAUGCUGGCACUUCCUAUGAGCGCUAUCAAGAGAUACGGCAGCGAAACUGCCGCAUUGGUAAUUGUACUGAUCGUCAUGGGAACCUUCUGGAGUGCCAUGGACAGCUACUUACCUUUGCAUUUGCAAAAGUUAGGGGGUGACGAACUCCCCAUUGGCGUAGCCAUGACCGUCGGGGCGGUACCAGCAUUUCUAUUCCUCUGGAAGUCUGAACAUCUGGUUGACUACUGUGGCCACAGCAAUCUUCUUAUUACUGCCUUUACUGUGUAUAUUAUUAGGUUUACUGGUCUAAGUCUCGUGGCAGAACCGUGGUGGUCUCUGAUCUCAGAGGCCCUCGAAGUAUUCACGUUAGGCAUCAUGUGGGUUACCGCUAUUCUUUAUCUAAGACAUCUCGUCCCACGUCAUUUAACUGUGACUGCCCAAGCACUGCCUGUGAUUGCGCAUUUCUGCGUUGGUCGAUGCAUCGGAGCCGUGAUCGGUGCUUACAUCAACGUCGACGAAGGUAAUAUCGUUGACUCGUUGAGAUUCGUUUACCGUUGCAUGGCGGUCGCCGCCGCGGCUGUCGCUGCUUUAUACUUCGUCCUGUAUCAUGGCCUAUUGAAACCACGGUGCCAUGCGCACACUAUACAAGGUCCACGACAACCACCCACUGUUGUACAGGCUGCUAUUAAGGAGUAUGAACUGACAAUGAACGGAAACGGAAACUACACGCCGCUCAGGGUGUACCACAACGGUAUGGGUAGAAAAGGUCAAUUCCGUUAUUAA